AUGAAUAGUAAUCAACCUGAAUAUGAUGCAAUCAUCAACCAAAUUGAGUUAUUCUCAAAUACGAUACCCGAGAAAAAUGCAUUUGUUUGGUUAAAUGAAAACGGGAAUGAAGAGUCAGUAAUUACCUAUAAAAAUCUUUGGAGGUCAAUUAGAAUUAUCUCUCACUUUUUGUUAAACGAACUACAUUUAAAAAAAGGCGAUAGAAUCAUUCUUUGUUAUACUCCAGGGAUCGAUUUCAUAUAUUCUUUUUAUGGUUGCCUGGCAAGUGGGAUUGUUGCAAUUCCCGUUUAUCCUGCAGAUCCAAAUAAUCCAUCUCAAGUGGAUAGGCUUCGUAAGAUUGUUGAUACAAGCCAAGCCAAUGCUUGUCUUACUAAUUCAUCGUACAAUCGAGUUAUUUCGCUAUUCAAAUUUAAAUUUUUUAACGAACCUCUUUGGAAUGCAAUUAGUUGGUAUUCAACGGAUAAAAUAUUAAGAGAGUAUAAUGAAUUUGAAAUAAUAACAGAUAAUGAUUCUUACAUAUCGAAAAAUGAUGAAUCAACUCCAUUUCAAAAAAUUACAAAGAAUGAAAUUAUCAAUUUUCAAAAACCAAAAUGUCUGCCCUCUGAGAGUGCAUUCAUACAAUUUACAUCUGGAUCAACAGGCAAUCCAAAAGGAGUAAUUGUUACUCAUGGUUCACUAUAUUAUAAUUCGCUAUUGUGCAUGAAAUGUUUUAACUUUUCUGUAGAGCCUAAAUGCGAAUCAGCAGAAACAAAAUUAACUGAAAAUGAGAUCGAAACGAAUGAUGAAGCUAGAAUAAUAUUAAAGGAAAUUGUUGAAAUCAAAAAUAAAUUUAUUAAUAGUUUUGGGCAUAACAUUAGAGGAUUUUCUUGGCUUCCAAUGUAUCAUGAUAUGGGUUUAGUAGGGUUUAUUGUUAGCACGGUAAUAAUCGGAUCUGAAACUUUUUUAAUUUCGCCAUUUUCAUUUAUUAAGAAACCUCAUUUAUGGCUUAAAAUUAUCUCAAAGUACAGAAUUGCAGCUACUGCUGCACCAAAUUUUGCAUUUGAUUAUACAUGUAGGAAAACAACAGAUCAUGAAUUAAAAGAAAUAAGUGAUCUUGGUGGAUUGGGUUGUCUAAAACAUGGUGGUAUCUUGAGUGGUUCUGAACCUAUUAGAGUUUCAACGCUUGUUAGGUUUGUAAAAAAAUUUUCUUCUGUAGGUUUUUGCUCCUCAAGUAUACUUCCUGCAUAUGGAAUGGCUGAAAAUACGCUUAUUAUUUCCGGAUUCAAAAGAAAAAGCAAGCUAUUUCCCAAAGUACUAACAUUGAAAAGCGAUACAAUAACUCCAGGAAAUAAGGUUGAAAUAGUUAAUAAUGGAUUUAUUUCUUGUUAUUGCAAUUCCUGCAAACAUGCAAAUAUUAUUGAAUUCGAUGAUAAAGAUUGCAAAAAGAGAAACCUAGUCUGCUGCGGAGAAAAAAAUUCUGUAAACGAUAAAAUUAUAAUUGUUUGCCCAGAAAAAAAUAAAAUUCUUCCAGAAAAUCAUGUUGGCGAGAUUUGGGUUUCUUCAAAAAGCAAAGGUGCAGGUUACUGGCUUUUAAAUGAUCUAACUAACGAAAUUUUCUUUGCUGAAGUAAAAAAGUGCGAUGCUAACCUUUUAGAUGUCAAAUUUUUAAGGACAGGAGAUUUGGGUUUUAUUAAUGACAACCAAAUAUAUAUAGUUGGAAGGCAAAAGGAUGUUAUUAUCAUUAGAGGAAAAAACUACUAUCCACAGGAUAUAGAAGAGAUCAUCGACACCUCUCAUCAUGUAAUUCGUCCUGGUUGUUGUGUAGCGUUUUCAGUUGAUGUUAAUGGUGAAGAGAAGCUUGCAAUUGCAACAGAAGUAAGAAGUGAAUUUGUUGAGUCAUCAAGUACUUCAGGAAUUAAAUCCUAUAUUAAGGGUUUAAUUAAUAAAAAAGAAAAGGUUCAAACUAAAGAUAUUAUUGAUAAAAUAUCUACGAAUAUCCUAAAAUAUUCUGGAAUUGAAGUUUAUCGAAUAAUAUUAAUAAGAGAAAAGAAAAUGCCGAAAACUUCAAGUGGUAAGGUUCAAAGAUCGAAAACUAAGGAAAUGAUUAUUAAUGGUGAUUUUGGUAGUAACAUUAUAAUCGACUUUAUUAAUAGCUACAUAGAAAAUACACAACUUUAUGAAAAACAAAACCAAGAUGAAACAAAUAUUGACUCUGACUAUUUUUCAGUCGAUAGCGAAAGUGAAGUACAUGAGACAAUAUACGAAAGGGUAAAAAAUGUAUUUGAAACAAUCAUAGGAAAUAACUACUUUCCAGAGCUAGAUGACCCACUUCUUUCAUAUGGUAUUGAAUCAAUUAAAGCUAUAGAAAUUUGUAAUGCACUUUCAAGAGAAUUUAAUAUAGAUUUUCCUGCAACUCUAAUAUUUGAUUUCCCAACUCUGAGACUUUUAAUAGAGCAUAUCGACCUGCUUACAAAUGGAAAUCAAAAGGGUUCCCCAAAUGAAAUUACUACUCUUCCUGGAAUUUCUACUGGUGAUUAUGUUAUUUCUGGAAUAAAUGCACAUUUACCCGGGUUUAAUUCAAAUAACCCAUUUCUAAAACUUUGGGAAGUAAUGUUGAAUAAUAGAAAUGUAUUUUCUUCAGUUCCACAUGAAAGAUGGAACACAUAUUGUUUUAACGAAAAAAAAUCGAUUUCUGUUAUUUCAAAAACAAAAAAUUACUAUACUGAUGUAGGAGCAUAUAUGAUUGGGUCCGAAUAUUUCGAUAUUGAAAAAUUCAAAAUACUUCCAAUAGAGAUUGAACAUAUGGAUCCACAACAAAGAUUGGUAUUGAGAGGCACUGAAAAAAUUUUAAAUAAUAUUGAAACAUCGACCAAAAAUUUAAUUGGUGUCUAUAUAGGUUGUUGCUCAAAUGAUUGGGGCCAAAUCAUUUCUAAUUCUACGAGCCCUUCUGUUUACUCCGGAACUGGAGCAUCCCCUUCAAUAUUAGCAAACAGAGUAUCAUUCUAUAAUAAUUUUACAGGGCCAUCAGUUACAAUUGACACAGCGUGCUCUUCAAGCUUAGUUGCUAUAGAUGUUGCACUUCAUCACCUUCAAAAUAAUGUAAUCAAUACUGCUUUAGUAGCAGGAGUUAACUCAAUAAUCAACCCAAAUAUUUAUGUUACAUUAUGCAAAGCAAAAAUGCUUUCUGAUACGGGUAAAUGCUCACCUUUUGAUGAAAGUGCAAAUGGAUUUGUAAGGGGUGAGGGAUGCAUAAUUAUAUGUAUACAACAUACAUCAAUAGCAAAAAAAAAACUGGCAACGAUUCUAGGUACAUGUGUUAACCAGGAUGGAAAAACUUCAACUUUAACUGCUCCAAAAGGGUCAUCACAAGUAUCCGUAAUAAAGAAUUGUCUGGGAAUCGCAAGAAUUCAUCCAUCCGAAAUUAAUUAUAUUGAAUGUCACGGUACAGGUACUCCAUUGGGCGAUCCCAUCGAAGCAGGUGCAUUAUUAUCUAUUUUUAAAACUUAUAAUGAAUACCAAAACAUGAAGGCUCAAGUAAAUUCUAAUAUUGCAUUAGGUGCAGUCAAAUCCAAUAUUGGUCAUUUAGAAGGCGCAGCAGGGUUAGCUGGUAUUCUAAAAAUAUUGUUAGUUAUGUCAAAAAGAUUUUUUCCAGGGAUUGGAAAUUUAAUAAAUAUCAAUACCCAUAUCAAAAAAUUAUUAAAUGAUAAUCUAAAUAAUAAAGUAAUUAUUUUUCCUAAUAUGAAUGAAGGGAAAUAUUUUUCAGAAAUAGGAAUUGAAGAAACACAAGUAUUGCGAUGCGGGGUAUCAUCUUUUGGAUUUGGUGGUACUAAUUCUCACAUUAUUAUUGAAGAAGGGGCAAAUCUUGACUUAAUUUGGAAUAUCGAAAGUGAAGAGCACUCUGAUUUACAAGAAGGCAAUUAUUUCCCAUGGACAGUAAGAUUCCAUCCUUUCAUUUCAACGAUUAACAACAAAGAUGAAAUUUACUCGUACUCUAUUUCAAAACUGAAAUGUAAAAAAUAUGUUAUGGAGCAUAUAAUUAAUGGAUUAAAUAUAUUUCCUGCAUCAGGAUUUAUUGAACUUGCUAUGACGAUUUGUAGGUUUGCAGCAUUAGACAUUUCUAGUAGUGAACAAAUUGUUGAUAUUAUUCAAAAAACUAACUCUAGAGAUGAAAUUAUAAAUGAGUUUAAGAAGAGUAAUUUUGAGAUAUUGAGUAGGGAGUCAAAUAUACACUUAAUCAAAACUUCUCCCAUCGUAAUAAAGAAUCUAGAAAUUACUUCCGCUUUCAAAAUAGACAAUUUGGAAAACGAAGGAUUAGAUGCAAGCAUAAAUAUUGAUGAUGGAAAAGUUUCAAUUUAUUCAGGAAACAGAACUUAUUGUUAUUGCACGGUAAACAUAAUUUUAGAUUUUGAGCCAGAUAGCAAAAUGGAAAUUCUGGAUAGUUCUUUUUCACUUGUUGAAUUUAAAAAAUCAUGCUCUGUCAGAACAAUUUUUCACAAUGAAUUAUAUGAUUUGUUAGAUAAUUCAGGUUACAACUACAAAGGUAGAUAUCGUUCAUUGGAAUACGUUUCAAUAGGAGAUUUAGUUGGAUUCGGAAAAAUAAAAAUAAACAAAAACGAUUCUAGUCCUUUUAAUAUUGCACCGUGGAUACUAGAUUCAGCAUUUCAAGUAUUGGGAGGAUUUCUAAUUGUUAAAGGUAAUUUUAAUGGCCAGUUUAUUCCUGUUCGAAUUCAAGAAAUGCUAGUAAAUUCGGAUAUAUCCUACUCUGAACUUUAUUCCUUAGUAAAAAUUACAAAUAUUCAAGAGAAACUAAUGGUUUGCAACAUUUGUUUAACAAAUGAAAAAGGUUUAAACUUAGUUGAGAUUGUAAAUAUAAGUUUUAUUAAAAAUGAAGGACCUAGCCAAAAAAUAAUUGAAGAUUUGGUUCCUAAACUAAAUAUUGAUCAGUCUGAAUUAAAAAUUAAUCAAGGAAAUAAUUUUAUUGGUUUAAAAUUAGAUUGGAGACCAGUUGCAGCCUCCGAAUUAUUCGGAAAUAACGACAAUGCAUUUAAAUAUGAUAUUAUUACAUCUGAUAAGGAAUUUGCUAAAAUCAGCUCGAUUCUUGAAGGAACAGGAAACAGAAUAAUGAAAUUUGAUGACAUUCUUAACAAUUUAGAAGGAAAUGUUGUUUUUUAUGAUUGUGAAUUAGAAGAAAUAAUCCCUAUUACAAAAAGAAAUAUUGAAUCAAAUUUCUACAUAAUAACAAAAAAUACAGUACCAAUUGACAAAAAGAUCAGAACUGAUAGCUUUUCAUUUGAUAAUUUAUAUUGGGACUCUCUUAAUAAAUGCAUUCUAGAAAAUAAAAUUCUUAUUUCCAUUAUUGACAUUGAAUCCUUUAACGAAUUAAACAGCCAAAUUAAAUUUGGAAUUAAUUAUUUGGGGAAAAACAAUAUUAAAAAUAAGAUGCCAAAUAUUACCUUUAAUCACUUAGUUAUAAGAAAUGUUCAAGUGCAAACCGAGAAAAAUUCAACUUUGAUUGGUUAUUGUGCUGUUCCGAUAAAAAUUGGAAAUUGUAUUGGUAUAGAUCACUUUAAAUAUGAACUACCUUCUAGAGGAGAACUUAAAAAUUUUAAACUUAAUUACUUAGAAAAAUGUGAUUUAAAAGAAUUAAGAGAGAACGAGGUUAAGGUACAAGUUAGGGCAGUUGGAUUGAAUUUUAGAGACGUAUUAAAUAUAAUGAACUUAUAUCCUGGAGAACCAGGGGAACCUGGUAGUGACUUUUCUGGAAUUGUACUGGGUGUUGGAAAUAACGUAAAGUCUUUCAAUAUAGGCGACCACGUAUGGGGGUUUGCAAAAGGUUGUUUUAAAUCUCAGUUAGUUACAUCAUCUACUUUAAUUUGUAAAAAACCAAGAUACCUAGCAUUUGAAGAGGCAGCUGCCCUACCCGUAAUAUUUUGUACAAUAGAAGCUUCAUUUAAUGAUUUAUAUAAGGUAAAAAAAGGAGACUUUGUGUUGAUCCAUGCUGCAACAGGUGGUGUGGGUAUUGCAGGUGUUCAGUAUUGCCUUAAUAAAGGUGCAAUUGUAUUUGCGACAUGCUCUUCAAAAUCAAAAAAAAAGUGGUUAGGUGGAUUGGGAGUCCAUUACGUUUCAAGUUCAAGAAAUCCCGAAAUAUUUAAGAAAGAAAUUAGCUUCUUCUUAAAUGCUGCAUCAAAAAGAUAUAGAAAUGGGAAUAAUGCAGGUUUGGAUGUAGUGCUCAAUUGUCUUUCUGGAGAAUUCAUUCACGAAUCAUUUAAGAAAUUACGUCAAGGAGGAACAUUUAUUGAAUUGGGCAAAAGAGGAACUUUGGAUUACUCUCAAGUAAAAUUAGAUUAUCCAGAGAUAAAUUACUUGAAACUUGCAAUCGAUGAAUUAGUUGUAGAUAAUCCUAAAUAUAUCCAAUCAUUACUUUCAAGGUAUACAACUAAUCAUUUAAAUGAUAUAAAUCCCACUUUACCUGUUAAAGUUUUUAAAAUGGAAUCCUGUACCCUCGAAGCACUAAGAUUCAUGCAAAAGGCCUCUCAUAUUGGCAAAAUUGUAUUAAUAUUACCACCUCCUCAAACAUUAAUGUUUGAGGUUUUCAAUUAUAAGGUAAUAAAUAUAGAUCAUCUUAAUAAAUUUUCUCAUGAUCUUUUUGAAAAUUAUAAAUGCAAUGAAUUAGUUGAUUUAUUAGAUAAACAAUCUAAAAGUUUCAGAUUUGAUAAAGAAAACUCUGAAUCAAAGUUCAUUAAUGAAAUGAUCAUUCAUGGAAAUAUUAUUGGCCCAUUCGAAAUAAUUUCCAAGUACAAGAAAAUUUUAAAACCCUUAUUUUUGGUCGGUCAAUCAAUACCUCUAAAUAUAAUUAAAUACACUAUUGAUUGUGAAAAUAUUGAAGAAUUACGUAUUCUUAUUAUUUCUCCAAUAUUUCCUGAAAUAAUAACAGAUGAAAUUUUAUCACUAAAAUCUGGAAAACUGGUUUAUUUGACAAUUUUUGAUGAAAAAAAUCAGGAAAAAUGUUACAGGGUAGGUAAUUAUAUAUUAAAUUACGUAAAUAACAUUAUUGAUCUUAAUGCCGAACAAUUUGACCUUACCAUUAUAUACUCAACCUUUUUUGGCAAACUUGCAUUUAUUUCAUUGAUGGAAAAUAUAAAAACAAUACUCAAAAAAGGAGGAUCGCUUUUCGUAAUCAACCCAUUUGGUGAAGGUCUAACAUCAAAUAUCAUUAGACAACAAUAUUGUAGCUAUAUAUCAAAAGUAAUUGUCCCGAUCAAAUUUGAAGUUCAAAAUAAUAUUGAGAACGUUUUUGAAGAAUUCAAAUUGAUAAAUUGUGAUGAAAGUAAAACAGUUAAGUUUUACUGUUUUGAAACUAAUUAUUGGGAUUCAGAAUUUGUAAAACAAAAUAAAAUCGAUGAUGAUGGGUUUAAAAACGACUAUCAUAUAAUUUUAUCUCAUAAAGAAGAUGAAAUAUCUUUAUUUGCUGCCACAAAAUUACUGAAUGAAGCAGGGGCAAAAAAUUUUGUAUAUAUAUCUAUGAAUAAAAUAACGGUAAAUUACCCAUUCAAAUACAAAUACGAAAUUGGAAAAGAAAACUUUGUUCGGAGUGUUAAAAAAAUAUUAAUUACAAAUGGAAUUUAUAAUAUUUCUGGAAUAACAUGUUUGCCUUUAAAUCACUUAAAGUGUAAAGAAAUUUCCGAUAUUCUUUGGGAACUUCACUCAAUUUCAUUCAUUUCUAAUUCCUCUAUUCAAUAUUUCUUAUUAUGCUCGUGUGAUACCAAAAAUAAUAUAAUUCUAGAAACAUUUUGUAGAUACAGGCGUAAUAUCGGUCUUCCUGGGCAAGUUGCUUUUUGGAAUUAUAACUCAGAAGAAAUUUCUAGUGUUAAUCAUGGGUCUUUUGUACAAGCUGCAAUCAAACUCGCAAUUAUAAAUAAUUCUUCUUGUAUUUAUCAGCCGAUGAAUAAACAAAUUAAAAAUUACAAAGCUUUGGAAAUAACUAAUAAAAUUUCGAUUGACAAAGAGAAUAUUACAAAUAUAGUAAUAAAUACAAUAAAUGAUAUUGCAGGAAUUGAAAAAAUUGACCUUAAUACUCCAUUAAUUGAAUUGGGUCUUGACUCUCUCUCUGCAGUUGAAGUAAGAAAUUCAAUAUCUAGUAAAUUAAAUAUAAUUUUACCUAUUACCACAUUAUUUGAUUAUCCGACCGUAAACUCAUUAUCAGAUUAUAUUUUAAAUAUUUCUAAUACAUCAACAAAUCUUUUUUUGCCAAAAAUAAAUACAGAUAACAUUGGAUUAGUUGUUUCUGAAAAUAUUCCAUCAUUAAAACAAACUAUUUUCUCUCUAAAUAAUACAUAUAAAAAUCAAAAAUUCAGAUUAUCGAUCACUGGAAUUGGCUGCAGACUACCAGGGAAUACAUAUUCCCCUGCUGAGUUUUGGGAAAAAACCUUACUUUCUAUGCAAACAUGGUCAUCUGAAAUUCCAUUGAGUAGAUUUGAUAUUGAUGAAUUUUAUCUAGAUAUAGAAGACUAUAGAAAUAACAACUACUUAUCAAAAAAUCUAACUUAUUCAAGGCAUGGUACAUUUAUUGAAAAUGUCGAUUUCUUUGACAAUGAUUAUUUCAAUAUUACAAAUUACGAAUCUUCUACGAUGGAUCCGCAGCAAAGGGUGAUUUUAGAAACUACAAGCGAUGCAUUACAUAGUUCAGGGUACAAUCCAAAAAAUAUUUCCAACUAUAAUAUUGGGGUGUUUGUAGGAUGUUGUGGAACAGACUGGAACUAUCUUUCUACAAAGCUAAAUAUGAGUGCAACGGCAUUUACAGCAACAGGCGGAGCUGCAUCAAUCAUUUCUAAUAGAAUAUCUUUUAUCUACGGUAUCAAGGGCCCAUCUAUAACAAUUGAUACAGCAUGUUCAUCUUCAUUGGUUGCAUUAGAUAUUGCAAAAAAAGAUAUUAAUUUUGGUAAUAUAGAAACUGCAAUAGUAGCAGGUGUGCAAUUACUAUUAUCUCCACUAUAUUACAUUGUUUUUUCAAAAGCAAAUAUGCUUAGCCCUACUGGAAAAUGUAGAGCAUUUGAUGAUUUAUCUGAUGGAUUUCUGAGAGGAGAAGGAUGUGUGUCAUUAAUAAUAGAAAACGAAUUAAAAUCUGUUGGAAAAAAAGUUUACGGGAAAAUUUGUGGUACAGCUGUAAAUCAGGAUGGAAAAAGUGCGAGUUUAACUGCUCCCAAUGGACCUUCCCAGAAACGCGUAAUUAUGACAGCAAUAGAAGAUUCAUGUAUUUCGAAUAAAGAUGUAUCUUAUAUUGAAUCACAUGGAACUGGAACACCUCUAGGAGACCCAAUAGAAUUUGGUGCAAUAUCAGAUGUUUUCGGUAGUAAGAUCAAUAAACUUUAUAUAGGAACUCUGAAACCCAAUAUUGGACACUUAGAAGGUGCUUCUGGAGUUGCCGGAAUAUUGAAAGCAAUACUAGUAGUUAAUAAUAGAGUAAUUCCUCCAAACAUUUUAAUAAAUAAGUUAAAUUCUGGUUUAAACUUUAAUAAUUCUAACAAGAACCUGGAAUUUCCUAUUAACGAAGUAGAAAUCAAUUCAAAAAGGUUAAUUGCAGGAGUAUCUUCAUUUGGGUUUGGUGGGACUAAUUCUCAUGUAAUUUUGCAAGCCAGCGAUGAUGUUCAUAACUGGAAUUUACCUAGAUUAGAUUUUAAAAAGAAAAAAUUUCCAUGGAUUUCUCCAGCCCACCCUUAUAUCGGACCAAGAAUUUCAGGACCUAAUAGUUUAUGUCAACCAUCAGAAUUGGGUCUUAUUAUUGACCAAAUAAAUGAUGUAACAAAGAUAAAAAUUCCUAAUUCAAAUACAACUAGGUAUGUAAGAAACAUCGGUGAAACAAUCUUUUUAUCAAUAUCUGGCCACAUAAUACAAGGUAAAAUUGUCUUUCCUGGAUCAGCUUUUAUUGAAAUGUCAAUCGGUGGAAUAAUUAAUUAUUUGAUUCGCAAUGGAAUUAAAAAAAUAAACUCAUUAAAUAUCAGCAAUACACAAAUCACUAAACCACUCAUUUUUCCAAGCGAUUUCGAAUGGAAUGGUAAUGGAAAAUUAAUUUGUGACAUUUACCCACUUGAAAAUAACACCAACACAUUGAAUAUAUCCAUUUCAACAUCGGGAAUUGAAGGCAAUAUUGGUGAAAUUAUCUGUCAUUCAACAUCUUCAGUAGAAAUAAAUAAAAUUAAUGGCGAUUUAAGUUACUCCGGUAAUGAUUCUAUGGAAAACUUUGAUAAGUGCUCAAGUUUUGAUCUUGAAAGAUUUUAUUCAGAGUUGAAUAAAAUAGGUUUAAAUUAUUUUGACAAAUACAAAUCUAUUAAAAAAGUCUAUAAAAGUGAAAACGAAAUAUUUGGUAUAAUUGAAAUUGAUUCUUCAAAUCGAGAAAUCGAUUCAUAUUUUCUACAUCCUUCAUUAUUAGAUGGUUGUUUUCAGUUAUUCGCUUUAUUAAUUGAUAAUUGUCAAAAUAAAACAAUAAAACCAUUUGUUCCAAUAAGUAUCCAAGAAAUUAUAUUUAACCCUCUUUUUAAAAACAAUAAAUAUAUCGUUCCUUAUAGUUCGUCAACAAAUUUAAGAUUUAUUCGUUCAAUAAGUAAAUUGUUUGUUUGUGUUAAAAACAAACAAAUAUUAAGUAAUAAAGAAGUAAAAGUAGAUAUAAAUAUUUACGUUAAACAUGAGGAAAAAAAUGAGUUAAUAAAGUUUUUACAAAUAAAAGGCUUACAUUUCAGAGAGUUGACCCCAUUAAAAACCCUCAAUUAUCUUCCAAUAAAAGAUCAUUAUUCAUGGUUAUCUGUUUAUAGAGAAUUAGAAUAUAAAUUUGAUAAUAUGAAAGAACUAAAUAGUAUUAAGAUUCUUUUUACAUCUUCAGAAGUAGACAAGUUUUUAUUUGGGCAUUUUGAUUAUUUUGACAUCAAUAAAAUUGGAACUAUGAUUGAAGAGAAUGUUUUUUCUUCGAGUAAUAUACCUGUAUACAUUACAAAUACGAAUGAAAAAAACUCAUACAAGGAAUUAAUUACAAUACAAAAAAUCCUUCAGAACAUUUACAAAAAUGCUAAUUCAAAUACUAUAUUAACAAUGAUAUUUGUUACAAUUGGAGCAAAUUUACUAUGUGGUGAAUACACUCAAUCAUCCCAUUUUCAAUCAUCCAUACUUGGAUAUUUGAGGUCAGCAAGUAAUGAAUUAAGUCAAUUAGGAAAAAUAAAGUUAAUUAUUAUUGAUUGGAACAGUGUUUCAAAACUAAUAAUUGACCAAAGUUUUUCUAAAAUACUAAAAUUGAUAUAUACAAAUAUUGAGAAAAAAAGGUGGUUCGAAAAAGAAUAUCAGUUACUUGAAUGUGGCGAUGAAAUAAAAAUUAAAACUAUUAAAAUAAAAGAACCAGUAAAUAAAUUUAACAAUUGUUUGGCUUUGAAACUUACUAAUAGAGGAGCCAUAUCGAAUAUUUCAACUAAUUUACAAAAAUUUAGAGUUGUUCCUGAAGAAGGAGAAGUUGAAAUAAGGGUAAGAUCAAUUGGUUUGAAUUUUAGAGAUGUGUUAAAUGUUAUGGGAUUAUAUCCUGGUGAUCCUGGUAAACCAGGCAGUGAUUUUUCAGGUACGGUAGUUUCUGUAGGGCCUGGAGUGAAAAAUGUUCAAGUUGGAGACGAUGUAUUUGGUCUUUCUCAGGGUUGUAUUGAAACAUAUCAUACAACAAAUGCUAUGCUAGUUGCAAAAAAACCAAAAUCAUUAACAUUUGAAGAAGCUGCAUCAAUUCCUACUAUUUUUUCAACGGUAAAAAUUUCUUUAAAUCAAUAUUCAAAAUUAAUGAAAGGUAAUUGCGUUCUAAUUCAUGCUGCCUCUGGUGGAGUUGGACUAGCUGCAAUACAAAUGUGUUCCAGAAUUGGAGCAAAUGUUAUCGCUACUGUCGGAAAUGUUAAAAAGAUUGAAUACCUCAAAUCGAUUGGAAUCAAAUAUGUUUCAAGCAGUAGAGACCACGUGAAAUUUUCUCAAGACAUGAAGUAUUUUAUGAGAGAAAUGAACAUUGAAGGAGUUGAUAUCGUGAUAAAUAGUCUGGUUGGAAAAUUUAUUCCAUUGUCAAUGAAGUUUUUGAAAUCUAAUGGAACUUUCAUUGAACUGGGAAAGCGUGAAAUAUUAGAUGGGAAUCAAGUUAAAGAGAUUAGAAGUGACAUUAAUUAUCACCCAAUUGAAUUUGACAAAAAGGUCGAAAAUGAUCCUUUUUGGUUUCAAAAUUUAUUACAAGAGAUAAUAACUGAUAUAAUUGAAGAGAAAAUUCAACCAAUUCCAACAAAAAUAUUUAGUAUUCAAAAUGAAUCAGGAAUAAUUCACGGAUUUAGAUAUUUACAACAUGCAAACCACAUAGGUAAAGUUAUAUUGUCAAAUCCAAGCACUGCAAUUUGUUCAAAUGAUAAAGAUGCAUAUAUUAUCACAGGUGGGAUGGGAUCACUUGGAUUAGUUGUUGCAAAUUGGUUAGUUGAAGAAGGAACAAGGAAUAUCGUACUCGUAGGUAGGAGUUCUAUUGAUUUUAAAAAUGAAUUAAUCGUAAAAUUAUUGACUAUGAAUGAACAGAAACAAAUAAACUUAGAAAUAAUUACAUGUGAUAUUUGCAAUUUAAUUUCAGUAUUUAAUAUUAUUAAUCAAAUAAAAACAAAAUAUAAUAUUAAGGGAAUUAUUCAUGCUGCAGGCGUGCUUAAUGAUGGCAGUAUAUUAUCACAAACAAAUUCAACUUUGCUAAGCACAUUUCUUCCUAAAUCUAUUGGUGCUUGGAAUAUUCAUUAUACUACAAUUUCUUUACUAGAUAAUAUUCCACUUUUAAUCAUGUUUUCAUCUAUAUCAGCACUUCUAGGAAAUAAUGGUCAGACCAACUAUUCUGCGGCUAACAGUAAUAUAGAUUAUUUAUCAGAGCUACGUUCUAGUCUUGGGAUGAAAUCAAUCAGUAUUCAAUGGGGACCCUGGGCUGAACAAGGCAUGGCAAGAAAAAAUUUGAAUUUUAAUGUGCUAAAAACUAUCGGUCUGACUCCAAUAAAAAAUUCCUUAGGUCUUAUUUCACUAGGUGGAAUAAUUUCCAAAUGUAUGUUGAGUGAAAUUAACAGAUUUAUUGUCCAACCAUUAGAUCCUUUAGUUGUAAAAAAUAACACAUUCACUUACAUGUUUAGUGAAAUUAAAUCAGAAGUGAAAGAAAUAGGAAAUAGAGAUACUUUUUCAACUAUGAACUCCGAACAAUUACAUACUUUCGUUCUUUCAAGUAUUAAAGAAGCAAUUUCAGAUGCUAUUGGAACUGAUAUCAAUCAUUUUGAUUCUGAAUCGCCAUUUAGAGAAUUGGGAAUUGAUUCUCUAUCUGCGAUAGAGUUAAGAAAUACUCUUACAUCAAAAUUUGACAUUAAUCUUCCUCCAACUAUUAUGAUUGAUUAUCCAACAAUUACAGAACUUUCUAAAUACAUAGAAAUGAUAAUCAUUGGAAACAAUAAUAUUAAGGAAUUCGAUAAUACAAAUUUAAAAAUAUAUCCAAAUUCGGAGAAAAAUGAUAUUAUUGUAUCUGGUAUUGGAGUUAGAGUGCCUGGAGACGCAAGUUCUGUUCUUAAAUUCUGGAAAAACAUGACUAGUCUGAAAAAUUGUAUUUCGGAAAUUCCAUAUGAAAGGUGGGACGUAGAUAAAUUAUUUGGUGAUUACAACGACAAAAAUUCAACUUAUUAUACAAGAAAAGGAGGAUUUAUUUCUACUGUUGAUAUUUUUGACUACUCAAAAUAUCAAAUAUCAAAAGAAGAAGCAACUCAAAUGGAUCCUAAUCAAAGAGUUGCUUUGGAUACGUGUUUUUCUGCAUUGUCAGAUGCAAAAAUUGACAUCAAGGAUUUAUUGAAUACUAAUGUUGGCGUCUUUGCAGGAAUGUGUAAUGAUGAGUGGGCAAUAUUAUCAUCUAAAAGAAACUUUUGUAAUGCAUUUUCAGGUACUGGAAAUGCGAAAUCAAUCAUUUCCAAUAGAAUUUCUUAUGUUUUUGGCCUAAAAGGCCCGUCAAUAACGAUUGACGCAGCAUGUGCCUCUUCAUUAAUUGCAAUAGAUUUGGCAAUAAAAUCAUUGAAAAUGAAUGAAUGCAAUAUGGCUAUUGCAUUUGGAAUUCAAUUGAAUUUGUCUCCAAAUAACUUUAUUGUAUUCAGUAAGGCAAAAAUGUUAUCUAAAAAUUCCGAAUGUAAAAGUUUUGAUAAAGAUGCAGAUGGUUUUGUGAGAGGAGAAGGAUGUGGAGCUAUUGUACUAUCAAACAAUAGUAUUAAUAUUAAACAAAAUUGGGGAAGAAUCUUGGGAUCAUCUACAAAUCAUAGCGGAAGAUCAAUUUCAUUAACAGCCCCAAAUGGAGUUGCACAACAAAAGGUUCUUUCCACUGCACUUAAUAUUGCACGACAAGAAAAAAAUUUAAAUGUCCGCCCUGGGUAUAUAGAAUGCCAUGGUACUGGAACAUUACUUGGAGAUGCAGUUGAAUUUGGUGCAAUUAAAGAGGUAUAUAAAAAUAUGUACAAAAUUAUUGAUAAUAAUAUAGACUCCCCACUUAUUUUAAGUACAAUAAAGUCCCAAAUAGGGCAUUUGGAAGGUGCUGCAGGAAUCAUUGGAUUUAUCAGGCUUUUAGUUGUUUUAUCCUUUGGAGCAGUUCCCUCAUUGUUUAAUUUUAGAAACAUUAACCCACAUAUUGAAAUUGAAGAUUUAAAUAUAAUCUUUCCUAAAAACUCAACAUGGAAAUUAAAUGAAAAAAAUUUAGUAGGCGGAGUUUCUUCAUUUGGAUUUGGUGGUGCAAACUGUCACAUAUUGGUAGAAGGAGUUAGACAAAAAAAUCCAUUAAUUAUAAAAAAUGAGAAGUUGAUAUUUAUGUUUACAGGACAAGGAUCACAUUAUGAUAAUAUGGGUAUCGAAUAUUACAAUUCUAAUGAAAUUUUUAGAAAAUCAAUUGAUAAGUGUUCAGAUUCACUUGAUAGGUUUCUAAAUAUUUCAUUAAAAAAAUUCAUGUUUGAGGAAGAUGCCAAAAAAAAGGUUAAUAUUGAUAUUGAAAUUUAUAAUCAGCUUUCAAUAGUUUCGAUUGAAUAUGCUGAAAUGAUGGUAUUAAGAAGUAUUGGAAUUUUACCAGAUAUAAUUUUUGGUCACUCAUUAGGAGAAUACUUAGUAGCUGUUGUAGCUGGAGUAAUGACAAUCGAACUUGCUUUGGAGAUAAUUUAUUUAAGAGGUAUUGUCAUAUCUAAAUUAGGAAAAAACGGAAUUAUGGUGGCAGUAAGACGCUCAGAAGAUCAAAUUAGAGAAGCAAUAAACCAAUUUGAGAAUAGUCUUCCUCAAUAUCAAAAACUAGAAGUUGGUAUUGGAUUGAUAAAUGCUCCCAAAAAUUGCGUUAUUAGUGGUGAAGAAAACCAAGUAAUGUCAAUAUUAAAAUUAUUAGAUUCCACUCAAUCAUACAAAAAACUCCCCGUUUCACACGCAUUUCAUUCAGUAAUGUUUUCUGAAAUAAGUGAAUAUGUAUAUGAAGAAAUAAAAAAUAAAAGUCUUAAUAUUAUGGAUAAAAAGAUCAUAGUUUUUUCGUCAAUUUUGGGUUUAAAGGUUAAUGAUGAAAUAUCAAAUUUAGAAUAUUGGUCGAGUCAAUUAUUUAAGACUGUCAAUUUUCGUUCAAUGAUAGAAAAUUUAGAAGAAUUCAUAGUCAAAAAUGGCUUCAAAGUAGAAAAUAUUAUAGAGAUCGGCCCUACUCCAUUACUAACUCCAUUAUUAAAGGCUUCUUCGAAAGGAAUAUUAAAUAAUGCCCAGUUCUAUUCUUUGAUGAAAAAGGAUUCUAAUGUUAAUCCAAAGGAAGUUCUGGAAGAUAUAAGUUACAGAUUUAAUUUGAAAAUCCCUAAUAAAUUUUCAAAUCAGGAUAAUUUGUUAAAAGUCAGUAAUAAUCUCAGAUGGAAUGAAAUGUCUCAUCCAUUUUUGUUAAAAAGAAUCUUUUCACCAAUAAUUGAUUCAAAAAAUUUCUCUAAAGAUACAAAAUUUAUUUAUGCAACUCCUUUAACGGAGAAUAUAUCUAAAUUUUUCCAUGGGCAUAAAAGAAAUGGUGUAUUUGCCAUGCCAGAAAUGGGUUUGAUUGAAAUUAUUUCUGCUGCCAUUAACGACAUUAAUUCUCAAAUUCGGGUUAUUGAUAAUGAAUAUGGAACGAUUGAAUCCGUUUUACCCACUUUCCAGCUUGAAGAAAUUAAUUUUGGCAUUCCAUGGGAAUUUAGCACUUACAAAGAUGAGAAAGAUAGACCUACGCUAAUUUUUACUUUAGAUUUUUACAGAAAUAUUUCAAUUACUUCAACCAAAGGAGGUCACAUUUCUAAAAACUUGCAAAUUGAUUCAAUAAAACACUUGACUGCAAAAUUAAAUUUAGAUAAAGUUAUCAAUAAAAAGGAAUUAGCCAGAUUUCCGAUACACAAAUUAGAAAAUUCUAAAUCUUUAUCAUUUGAAAAAAUCUAUGGGACAAUAAUUGAAGAAUCCUUCCCAGUUGCUAGUUCAAGUAAAUGUAUUAAGAAAAUAGUAUUUGAAGAAAAGGAGUCAUUUUCAUUAUUAAAACUUAACUUUAAUAUGGAAGUAGACUUAGAACCAUCUGGAAUUAACAUGGGGUUAUUCUAUUCUAUUGACAGAUUUAUGAGCAUUCAUCCAAUGAUACUUGAAUCAUCUCUUCACACAAUUAUAUUAACUGCAAUGAAAAAUAAUCAAAAUAAAAAUUUUGAUUCAUAUUUCCCUACUAAAAUUAAUUUACUUAAAAUAUCUACUAUUGAUUUUUCAGGUAACAUUUAUGUUCAUUCUAUUCUUAAAGAACAUGAUGAGGAUCAUAUAAUGGGAGAUAUAUUAAUUUAUCAUGAAAACCAAUUUGAUUUCCCUAUCGUUGAAAUAAGAAAAGUUAGGCUUGAAAAAGUUAAUUUCGGAAAUAACCUAAUAUCGUUUAAUAAUGAAAGAUUUGCGUUAUUAAAAGAAGAAUGGGAAUCACAAAAUAAUAAUAAGAAGAAUGAUUACGAUGUAAUAAUUGUAUUCGGUUGUUCUAAAAUAUUUGAUUUAAUUAAAGAAAAUUCCUCUGAAAAUGUUUAUUUAGUUGAAAAUACAGAAGAUCUUUUAAUUCUUCUUAACUCAAUUUCAUCCUCAAAAAUUUUAAUCAUUAACACAUUUUUUCCGAUUGAAAAUAAAUUUGAAACAACUAAGAGUGAAAUUGAGCUGAUUGAAGAAAUAAUUAUCUCAAAUGACCAUUUUCAAAAAAAACAAUCUAAUUUUAUUACCUGGUGGAUAAUAACAAUGGAAGCAGUCAUUUUUAAGAGUAAUAAAAUAAAUAAUAAUUCUAUGAUAAUUUGGAAAAUGUUCAAAGAUAUAAAAGAAAAAAUGAAAAAUUGCUGCAAGGUAUUUAUGACAGAUAUAGAUAAUGUUCUUUUUAUUAAUGAUAUAAUCAAUGAUCAAAAAACUGAUGAAUGUUGUUAUAGAAAUGGGACUCUUUACUUUUUAUCAUUAAAUUGCCUGAAAUUAAUUGAUUGUAAAGUCUUUGAUUUACGAAAGAAUAGAAACGAGUUGAUGGAAAUAAUUAUGGUUGAAAAUAUAAUAGAUAAAAGCUCCAAAUUAUUUGGGAAAAUUAUUUAUUCUAAUAAUAAAGAUAUUUUGGGUCAGUACAUAAUUGUAAAGAAUUCUAAAAGUAUUGAGAAUAAAAUACAAAUAGGUGAUUUAGUUAUUUCUGGAACUGAUAAUAUAAAAAUUGGAAUAUAUGAAAAUAACUAUUUUGGCCUUAAAAACAUUGAAAUUCCAAAAAUUAAACGUAUUUUCGAUAAAAUUCCGUUUAAUUUGUUUAAAAAUAUUGUUAUUGAAAUCGGUAGUAAAAAGGAAUUAGCAAAAAUCUAUGAAAUUUGUUUUACCGUAAUAUAUAAUAUUAUAAAACUUAACUCAGGAAAUAUUUCCAAAAAAAUAACAGUGAUUGGAAAUUAUGAUUAUAAAUUUUCGGAAGUAAUUCUGUCGUUGGGUUGUAAAUUGAAUUUUGAUAGUUCAUAUAGGCCAGAUUGUUUAAUUAAAAUAGGUGAUGAUUUGGAAUUAUUUGAUUCUUUUAAUAGAGAUAAAGUUUGUUUAUACAAAAUUGGAUUAAAUUAUGAGGUUUUUGACGAAUGUAACAAAGCCAUUCCAUGCUCUAAUUACGAAGAAUCGGAUGAAAUAAAGUUGGAGCUAUUAGCUCCUUCGGCAAACAAAGUUCAAAAAAUGAUUUUUAAUAAAAAUUUCGGGCUAAUACUUGUAAGUGGUGAAAUGAGGAAUAUUACUUCAAUAAUAAAUAGUCUAUUUAUUUUGGGAUACAAAAAAAUUGCAUUACUCAAAACUGAUAACAAAAUCCUUCCUAAAGAAAUUUCUGAAUUUGGUGAAAGUGUUAAAAUUUUUAAUUGUUUACCAUACAAAGUUUCAUUAGAAAGUUGUUUUAAUAAGAUCAUAGAGGAAUAUCAAAACUUAGAACUGACAGGCUAUAUUCAUAUAAAUUUCAAUAAAAUGACUGAAGAAAUUAACCAAAAACAAAUAGAUAAUUAUUCACUGAUUCCUUGGAAUAUUCAUAAUUUAGUAUCUAAGAGAGGAUAUGAUCUAACAUUUUUUGUGAUAAUUUCAGGCAUUCUUGGAAAAUUUGAUGCGAAAUUGAAAUUUGGGUUUCCCGAAAUUUUAUUUGAAAAUCUAACAUACCACAGAAGUGAAUUAUUAAAAAUACCUUCAACUUAUAUUCUGGAUAAUAACUUUGUUAAUUAUAUGAAUAGUGAUAGAAGUCAACUAUUUUCAGUUGGAAAUUAUAUUAAUAAUAUAUCAAUCCUCACGAAUAUAUUUGAUGAAAUUAUUAAUAAAAGAAUAAAUGGUACUAUAGUUCCUGUUAAUAUUGAUGAAAAUGUUAUUAACCAAUUGUCCAAAAACAAUAUUGAACUGUCUAAAAAACUCCUUUAUUUUAAAUUUAUUGAAAAAGUAACGAAAAAAAAAUUCGACAAUUAUAUAGAGUAUAAUAACUUUUCAAUUAAUUUAUCUCAUAGAAAAAAGUGGAUUGAAGAAAUGGUAAUCAAAUCAGUAAAUUCAUUAAUUCCGGAUAAAAAGGAAUAUAAUUUGGAUGAUUCAUUAUUUUCCAUUGGUAUUUCUUCAUUAAGUGCUGUUGAACUUGUAAAUAAAUUAUCCUUAAAAUUAAAUUAUGAUAUUACACCUUCUUUACUCUAUGAUUAUCCUUCCAUUAAUUCUAUUGUUAGUUAUUUACUAAGCCUAAGUUAUCAAUUUGAAGGAAAUAUGGAAAUAUAUUUAGAUGAUGAAAUAAAAAACGAAAUUAAAGAAAAACAUACUUUGUUAAAUCUUAAUGAAUACUUUAAAAAUCCAAGAAUAUUAACUUCAAUAAUUGAUAAUUAUUCAGACAAGAAUUCUAGAAUGUGUAUUGUUGGUAUGGCAAGCAAACUUCCCAUUGCAAAUACUUCAAUAGGAUUGUUUUGGCACUUACUUAAAGAAAAUAAAGACUUUGUAAUAGAGGCACCAAUAAAUAGAAUUGAUUGGGGAGAUUCUUUAAAUGUUGAUGAAUCAAUUGUUGGGAAAAGCUACUGUAAUCAUGGAACAUUCAUUGAAAAUGCACAUUUAUUUGAUAAUGAAUUAUUUAAGAUAAAUGAAUAUGAAGUUAUGGAAAUGGAUCCACAACAAAGACUAAUAUUGGAAGUUUGUUUUGAUGCUUUACAUAUCUCUGGCUAUAGAAAUUUAAAUGAAUUGAUCAAUUUAAAUCUAGGAGUUUUUGUUGGCAGUUGCACUAAUGAUUGGAUGGAAAAAUUAUCUGAUUUGGACUCGAUAAAUGCAUAUUCAGGUACAGGAUCUUCAUCGUCCCUAAUUUCAAAUAGAGUUUCUUAUUCUUUUGGCCUAAGUGGGCCAUCAUUAACAAUAGAUACUGCAUGUUCAUCUUCACUUGUUUCUCUUAAUAUCGCAAUACAGAAUAUAGAAAAAAAACAAUGUAUUGGUGCAAUUGUGGCAGGAGUACAAAUGACAUUAAAUAAAACAACAUUUAUUGUUUUUUCUAAAUCAAUGAUGUUAUCUAAGGAUGGAAGAUGUAAGUCCUUUGAUUAUUCUGCGGAUGGUUUUGGGAUUGGAGAAGGGGUUGCUGCAAUAGUCAUUUUACCUCAGAAUGAAUGUGAGAAGAAAAAUAAAAAAAUUUUUGGCUUUAUUUCGGGUACAUCCAUAAACCAAGAUGGAAAAUCUGCAACACUGACAUCUCCAAGCAAGAAUUCACAAAUUAAAUGUAUUAAUUUAGCACUUUCUAGUAUGGAAAACAUUCAUCCUUCAAUGGUAACAAUUGUUGAAGCCCAUGGAACAGGUACAUUAAUAGGAGAUUCCAUUGAAGUGAGUGCAUUGUAUGAAGCCUAUUGUUCUAUUGAAAGAAAAUCAAAAUUAAUGGUAAGCAGUGGCAAAUCAAACUUUGCACACACUUUUGCAGCUUCUGGUAUAAUUGGAUUAAUUAAGGUAGUCUUAAGUCUCCACGAUUCAAUAAUAAUUGGAAAUUUACAUUUGAAAAAAUUAAAUCCGUAUAUUAAUUUUGGUUCUGACAAACUAUUGAUUCCAAAAACAAAUAAGUCGAUUCCUUUUGAAGGAGAAAUUGUAUUUGGAUCAGUUUCAUCAUUUGGGUUUGGUGGUACAAACUCUCACGUAAUAGUUGGGGUAGAAAAAAGUGAUUUCGGAAUUGUUUCACAUAUUCAAAAAUCUAAAUUUAAUAAAUAUAAAAGAAAAUCAUUCAACUGGAAAAAUUUCCCAUUAGAUGAAUCAAAUAAACUAAUCAAUGUAUAUACAAAAAAUGCUUUAGGAAUUUUUGAAAGUUGCAAUUCAUUACUGUUAAAUGAUUUUAAUCCAAGUAUUGAAAAUAUAUUUAGAGAAUUUAUUUAUCUUUCUAAUAAAUUACAGAAUAAUGAGUUUGGAGUCAAAAUAACUGGGUUUAAACACUAUAAUUUUGAUGAAAAAGAUAUCUAUCUAUUAACUUAUGAAAAUUGUGAAAACAAGUUUUUUGUAUCAUUGUGGUCUAUUGAAUAUGGAUUAACUAAGGAAACAGAGAUAUUUUUGGACGUUUUCUCUCAAAGAAUGUCGCUUGUCUCUGAAUGUGUUAUGGAAAAUGAUUACAAAUUUGAUUGUGAUCUAUUUGAGCAAAAUAUUGAUGAAUUAGAAAAAUUUAAAAAUAAUUUAGUUAUUCCAUUAAAUAGUAUAAGCAUAGAUGAAAUUAAAUUGGAGAAAUUUUCAAUCAAAUCGUCAAGCAAUAUGAUCCAUCAAAUUAUUAAUUACAUUUCAGAAUUUGUUGAUAUAGAUUAUUAUAGAAUAAAUCAAAUAACAUCAUUUAUUAAUAAUUUGGGUUUUUCUAAUAAUAAAAUUAUAGAAUUACUAUGCCAGUCAAAUCUGAAAUCUAACAACUAUAAAGUUCCCAUUCGAAUAUUUUCGGAAUACUUAAAGGAAGAAUUUAACAAUGAUACUUAUACUGUAAAAAAAUCAUGGAGAUGUAUAUUAGAAAUAAAUUUAAUGCAAUAUUUUUCAUUCUUUAAUUCAUCUUUUGAGUCAUUAAAUACAGUUUCAAAAAAAAUUCCAGGUAGUAAAGAUAUUGAAAUAAUGGUAAAAGCGUUCUCUAUUACAGAAUGUUAUGGAGAAAAAAUAUUUGGGAUCUCUGGAACCGUGGUAUCACAUGGAAACGAAGUUUUUGAUUUUAAAAUUGGAGAUAAUAUUAUUGGAAUUGUAAAAAAUAAACUAAAUCAAUUUAUCAUAACUUCAAAGCUAAUUUUCAAAAAGCCAUCGUUUUUAUCUCAUGAAGAAUCAGCAGUAUUAUUACUACAUAAUCCUAUAAUUGAAAAAAUAAUUGAAGUUAUUUCAAAAUUAAGAAGAAAAAAUUUUAUUUUAGUAUUUUCAAAGUUGAAUGGAAUUUGUUUAAGUCUAAUUAAUUAUUUAUUACAUUUCAAGGCCAACUUUACUGUAUUCGUAAACGAUAAAAACGAGUAUAACUUUUUAUUGUCUAUUGGGGUCAGAAAAAUGAUUAUGAAAUUUAAUAUUGAUAUUAAAAAGUCUUCAGGUGAUUUAAACGGAGAUUUAAUAAUUACUGAUGAUGUUUUAAGUUCAGAAUUAAUAAAUAUGAUAAAUACUGAUGGAAAGAUAAUAUCAAUAAAUAGGAAGAAUAUAGUUAGCAGGGAUCAAGUCGAAAAAAAAAAUAUUACAUAUGAAAAUAUUUCCAUCGUUGAUACUAUAUUUAACGAAAAGUUUAUGCAUGAAGACUUUAUUUUAAAUCGAUUAAAUAAAGAAAUGAUUUUUAGCUUUCCGAUUUUAAUUCAAGAAGCUGAUCUUGGCCAAUUAUUAAUCAGUAAUAGCACAAAGAAUAAUUAUUUGGGUGAAAUUGUAUAUUCAAUUAGAUCUCAUUUAUCUGAAAGUAUUUUUUCUUUCAACAAGCAAUUAUUUAAUUUACUUAAAGACAAUAAAUUAAAAUCAUUAUAUAAUAUUUUCCAUGAUUCAAUUAUCAACAGGUUUUUAAGUGAUGAUUUUAAUACAUUAAUAAUUGAUGGAGAUUAUUUCUCAGUAAAAAACGCCUGGGAAAUUUAUUAUUUAAUUAAUUUGCUUCAACGAAAUUUCAAGGAAAUUUUCUUCAUAUUUUCUCAGAAUAAUAAAAAAAAAGAAUAUAAACAUUUGGCAAAGAAAAUUAUAGAAAAUGGAUCUAAAGUAAUAAUGGAAUUAAAGAAUAUAGACUAUAAUGAAAAUUUUUAUUCUAUAAACAUUUCUAUUUUCAGAAACAAUAUAUUGAAAAAUUUUAAUAGAUUUUUGAAUAAUGAUUUAGUUAAUUCCAAUAACGAAAAUGGAUGUAUCAAUAAUAGCAGAACUGCGGAAAGAAUUAAAAAAAUAAUAUUUAAUAUAAUUAAACUGGACUCUAAGAAAUAUAUUGAUUAUAAACAAUUAUUUGAGACUCCAAUUCGUGAGCUCGGUAUUAAUUCGCUUGAAGUUACUGAAUUAAGAAAUAUUCUAUCUAAAGAAUUUGAUAUUAAGUUACCAAUUUCUGUAUUGUUUGAUUAUCCUACGGUUAAUGAAUUAAUUGGAUAUAUUGAGAAUUUUUCAUCGAAAGAAAUUAAGAUAAACAAAAACGAUUUAAAGAUUAAUUCUGAUAAAAUACAGAAAUUUCAAAUAGCAAUAAUCGGUGCUAGUUGCACACUUCCUACUGGAAUUGAUAACCUAUAUUCUUUCUGGAAAUCACUUAUAUUGGGAAAGUGCGGUGUCAAUAUUAUUCCUUAUAAUAGGUGGAACUGUGAAAUAGAGAAUGGAAGUGUUACAAAGAAUAUGUCAACAAUUCUAGGAAUUGAAUUAUUUGAUAAUAACUUAUUUGGAAUAUCUAACAUAGAAGCACGGACAAUGGAUCCUCAACAGAGGCAUCUUUUAAAUUCAACAAUGAAAGCCUUAAUUUCUUCAGGAAAUUCUAUUGAAACAAUAAAAAAUACUAACACAGGAGUAUUUGUUGGGUUUUGUAAUAUUGACUGGUCUUUGCAUUUAUUAAACAGGGGAGAAUGUAAUUCCGCAUACAUUGGUACCGGUACUGCAAGCUCUAUCGCUUCAAAUAGACUUUCAUAUUUUUAUGGCAUCAAAGGACCUUCAAUAACAAUAGAUACUGCAUGUUCUUCAUCUCUUGUUGCAAUUGAUGCUGCAUAUAAAAAUAUUUCUCUUGGAAUAUGUGAAAUGGCAAUAGUAUCUGGAUCCCAAUUAAUAACAACCCCAAAUUUGUUUUCUGUAUUUUCUAGAGCAAAUAUGUUAAGUAAAGACGGCCUUUGUAAAUCAUUUGAUGAAUCUGCUGAUGGAUUUGGAAGAGGCGAAGGUGUUGCAACAAUUGUAUUGAAAAAAUAUGUGGAAAGUCAAUCCAGUGGAAAAGUUUUAGGAAUUUUAAGAGGAACUGCUGUUAAUCAAGAUGGAAGAACUGCCUCUCUAACUGCUCCUAGUAGCAAAUCUCAAUCUGAUGUAAUUUCUAAUUCGUUAUUAAGUUCAGCAGUUCAGCCUUGUGAAGUAUCAAUGAUAGAGUCCCACGGCACCGGCACACAAUUAGGCGAUCCAAUAGAAAUAGAUGGAAUAAAAACAGUUUAUCAAUUAUCGCCAAAUAAAUUGGUAAUUGGAGCACUGAAAACAAAUAUUGGACACUUGGAAGCUUCUGCAGGAAUUGCAGGAUUAAUUAAAUUGUUACUUUCAUUAAGAAAUGGAAUCUCACCACCAAAUUUACAUUUAAAAAAUCUUAAUAAGUACAUUAAUGUUGUGGAUACUAAUAUUGUUUUCCCAAGCUCUCAAACUAAACUUUCUAUUUCAAAUAAUAACUCUUUAAUUGGUGGAGUUUCAUCAUUUGGUUUUGGAGGAACAAAUGCUCAUGCAAUAUUGGAAGUCAAGAAUGAAAAUAAAAUACCAAUGGUAAAUAAUACUGUAGUUGCAAUAUUAAAUGAAGAAUUUGAGAAUAAUUCUAAAAUAAAUAUUGGCUAUAUAACUCAACUUCGUGAGUUAAUUACUAAUAAUUUGGUAUUUGAAUAUUACUUUAGAUAUUGUACAAAUAUAAUCCUUGAGAUUUCAAAUCUAGAUUUUUGCGAAAUAAUAAAUGGAAAUAGAGAACAUUUAUUUAAAAUUGAAGAAAUGAGCCUUUUAUUAUUUGCAUUUUAUUACUCAGUAUAUUAUACUUUGAUUAAUUACGAAAUUAUCGUUGAUGCUUUAAUUACAAAUAAAUUUGGUUCAAUAUUAUUUGACACUAUCAAAAACAAAAUUACAUUUAAAAGUGGAAUAAAACUUCUUAAAGAAUACUUUAGUAGUAAUAAUACAUUAUAUCCUACAAAUUCAAACUUAAAUAUUUAUUUUAUUAAUGAAACAGAAAAUUAUCAUUUCGAUUUUGAAGAAAUUAAAUUUUUUGAUGCUCACGUUAUAAUAAUGAAUCCUUUCAAAUUUAAUAAUAAACAAAAGAAUCAAUUAAGGAAUAGAUCAAAAACAAUAAUAAAUAACGAAAAUAAUUAUUUAUUUUUUAUUGGUAAUUUAAUAAAUAAUUUUGGGAAGAUUAAUAAAGUUUCAAAAAUUGAAAGAUUUCAAUUAAAUAAUAACAUUCAUCCACUUAUUGAUUCAAAUUUAGAUUCAGGUUAUAACAUUGAAAUUUCUAAAUUAUUCAUAGAUAAAUAUUGUGAUUUAUCUUAUGGAAGUGGAAUAAUUCAUCAACAGUCUUACAUUAUCAUUUCUUUAUUGUUUGAAUCUCUAUUAAGUAUAGUCAACGAAAAAUAUAACUAUAUUUUGGAAUUAAAAAUUGAAUCAAUAGAAGGAAUAUACGAAACUGCAAACAGGUUGCGAAAGUUUGAAAAAUAUUCAAAAUUGAGAUUAAUUAAUAACAAUGAUCAAUUUAUGUUGUGUGCUUUCAAUGGACUUCCACUUUCAUCACUUUCAAUCAAAAAAAAUAUUGUAAGUAAAAUUCAAGUUUACAUUCCAGAAAUCGAGUUAGCAAAAGAUAAUGAAUUUAAACGGACAAAAAUCUCGAGAAAUAUUUUAGAGUUGAUUAAUUCUAUUGAGGUUUAUGAAUCAUCGAUACAUAUUAGAUUUAAACUUCCUAUCUCUGAAUUAGGAGUUGAAUCUGCUCUUUGUAUUCAUCCAGUCAUUUUUAUUUUAAUGAUGUAUUCAUCUAUGGAAAUAUUGAGUAAAAAAAUAGACGCAUCAAAACUAAGGAUUGAGAAACUUUCAAACAUUACUUUCUCCAGUAUCUUUGAUAUUGAGAAAAUAUAUUGUAAUUCAAGAUACACAUUGGAAUUAGUAUGUAGAUUGAAUGAAGGCAAUAAUGCUAAUAUUAACCUAUGGUUAAUUGAUGAUUAUUGUAUUAAAUUAACUGAAUUAUUCUUAAAAUUAGACAUAAUUUUUACUGAAAACAAAACAAACAUCAUCAGUAGCUCAACUGGACUAGUUUGGAACACUAUUUGGAGAGAAUUAGAGUAUAAUUUGAUAUCUGAGCAAAAAUCAUUAGAUAUUUUAUGUAUUGAUUUCAAAGAAAAUAGUACAAUUUUAAAAACGGAACUAAUUACUAAUGGUAGAAUUGUAAAUUAUUUACAAUUUUUAAAUGACAAAAUGGAUUUAAAUGAUAAAAGAAAUAUAAUGAUUGAUAUGUGCAUUCCGAUUUUAGAUAAUUGUCAAAUAAAAGAAUUAGAUGAAAAUUGUUUUUCGAAAUCUGAGAAUUGGGAAAUGAUUUUUAUUCAAAUAUUAAGAAAGAUAGUAAAUUUAAGUAACAAAAAUAACCCAAUUAAUGUUUUUAUUUUAGUUAACAAUACCAUUUUAGAGGGAGAAAAUGAUAUAAUUAAUAUGAACAUGGCUUGGGUAUGGGGAUUUUUGAGAUCAUUAAGAAUAGAGCUAAGUUCCAGACUAAGAAUUUUACUGAUAGAUAUUGAUAUUAAUCAAUUUUACUCGAAGAAUAAUGAUUUAAAUAUCGAAAGAUUGAGUCAAAUAAUAGAUAUUCUAUCAAGUGUUAAUAAUUUAUAUGAAAAUGGAGAAUUUGAGUUUUUAAUUCGAAAAAAUAAAAUACUUGUUCCUAGAUUAGCACAAUAUGAGUUUAAAAAUUCUAUUUCAAAGGGAUUGGAGACUGAACAGGAAACUUGCCAUAUUAUUACCGGAGGUUUAGGUGGGAUAGGGUUAGUUCUUGCAGAAUGGCUAAUAAAAGUUAUUGGAAUGAAAAAUAUAUUACUAUUAAGUAGGAAUCCAGAAGUAUCAAUUAAUAAAUCAAAAAAAUGGAAGCAAUUAAGUGAAAAGAUAAAAAAAACAAUAAUGAUUGAAAAGUGUGAUAUUUCGAACAAAAGAGAAAUUGAAACUAUAAUUGAAAAGUAUAGUAAAAUAUACAAAAAGAUUGGCAUAAUGCAUAUUGCAGGUUCUUUAAUUGAUUCAAAUAUUCAUAAUUUAACUGAUAAUAUUGUUGUUAAUGUAAAUUUACCUAAAAUAAAAGGAAUGAUUAAUUUACACAAUACAACUUUAAAGAAGAAUUGUCAAUAUUUUAUCGCAUUUUCCUCUAUAACUUCGCUUAUUGGUAAUAUUGGUCAAUCUGCAUAUGCUGGUGCAAAUUCAGUAUUGGAUUCUAUUAUUGAAUUUAGAAGAAAAAUAGGUCUACCGGGAAAUAGUUUACAAUGGGGUGCUUGGGCUGAACAAGGAAUGGCAGCAGAGAAUGAAUUACUACAUAAAAAUUUAAUAAAUGUUGGUCUAUCCCUAAUAUAUAAUGAUUUGGCAUUUGAAGUUAUCAAAAAUAUAAUCUUUGAUUCCAAAAAUUUCCCUCCAAUUUUGGCAAUUCAGCCUGCAAACUGGGAUAAAUUUAUCGUUGAAACAGGAAUUAAUUAUGGGAUUCUCAAAGAAAUAGCAUCCAAUAGUACAAUUGAAGAUAAAAACACUAUUCUUAAUUCAAUACCUAUUGAAAAUAGAAUAGAUUUUAUUUCAAAUAAAAUUAUCUCUAUUUGUAGCGAAAUUCUCGGUUUUGAGAUUGAUCUUAAUUUCGAACAAUCUUUAAUGGAAUUUGGUGUUGACUCCAUAAUGGCAAUUGAAAUUAGAAACUCUUUAUGCCAUAAUUUUGGUGUUCCUCUUCCACAUACCUUAUUAUUUGAUUAUCCCACAAUAUCCAGCCUUGCAACUUAUAUUAAUCAAAAAUCUAUUUCAAACUGCAAAAUACAAAAAAAUCAAGAAGAGAUGAAUAUGAACAAAAUUUGCAUGGAUUGUAACAUUGCUAUUAUAGGAGCAGCUUGUCGUUUACCAAAAAAUAUUACUAAUUUGAGUGAACUUUGGGAUUUGUUAACAAACUCUAAAUGUAGCGUGGGAAAAAUACCUUAUAAUAGAUGGGACAGUGGGUUAUUUUUUUCUGAACAGGCAAAUACUGGAAAAAUGUAUACUGAUUCUGCAAGUUUUAUUGAUGGAAUCGAAUUUUUUGAUAAUUCCGAAUUUAAAAUAUCUUCGAGCGAAGUGAAUUACAUUGAUCCUCAACAAAGAAUAAUAAUGGAAACAACAUUAUCAGCCAUAAAAAGUUCAAAAAUUGAAUUAAAAACAUUAUUAAAUUCGUAUACAGGCGUUUUUAUUGGUUGUUCUUCAAAUGAUUGGACAAUUUUGACUAAUACUGCAUCAAUCCCCCCCGGACCUUACACAGGUACAGGCAUAUCUCCAUCUAUAAUAUCAAACAGAAUUUCUUAUAUAUUCGGUUUUCAGGGACCUUCUUUUACAAUAGAUUCUGCUUGUUCAUCUUCUCUUGUUGCCUUGGACUCAGCAUGCGAUAAAAUUAAAAGUAAUAACAUUAAAUUUGCUAUAGUAGGAGGAGUAAACCUUCUUCUAGCUCCUCAACCAUUUUUGGCGUGUUGUGCUGCAAAUAUGCUUUCUUCUGAUGGUAUUUGUAGAACUUUUGAUGAAAAAGCAAAUGGAUAUGGAAGAGGGGAAGGUUCUAUUUCAUUAUUGUUAACAUAUUUAUCUGAGGCAAGGAAAAAUAAUGAAAAAAUAUUUGGGGUAAUUAAAUCUACAUUUGUUAAUCAAGAUGGAAAAAGUGCUACUAUUACUGCUCCAAAUGGCCCUUCUCAGCAGUUUGUGAUAAAGCAUGCUAUAGAAAAAGCAAAUCUAUAUCCUUCACAAAUAACUUACAUUGAAACACAUGGAACUGGAACCAAAUUGGGUGAUCCAAUUGAAUAUAAUGCCAUAAAAUCUGUCUUUAAUUUGGAAGAUGAUAUUUUUGAUAGUAAUAUAUGUUUAUUAAGAUAUUCUCCACUAUAUUUAGGUGCAAUAAAGGCUAAUAUUGGACAUUUGGAAGGUGCUGCAGGUAUUGCAGGUUUAAUUAAAUUACUUUUAGUUCUUAACUAUAGAGUGGCAGUUCCAAUUCCAAAUCUUAAGAAAUUAAAUCCAUUGAUUGAAUUGAGUGACUUUAAUGUAAUAAUACCUAAGGAUAAAGAACCAGUAAAUAUUAUGAGUGAUUCAAACAUUAUUUAUGGAGGUAUUUCAUCUUUUGGUUUUGGGGGAACAAAUGCACAUGUGAUAAUUGAGUGUAAUUCUGAUAAUAUAAUAGAAGAAAAUAAACUAUUUCAUUCAAAAAAUUUAUUUUUAAGACGUAAAAACUAUUCUUGGUCGGAUACUAAACAUCCUUUGAUAAGUGAAAAAAUAAUGGAAAUGGUUGAUAGCAAAGAUUCAGAAUUAGAUGGAAUUAAAUUAUUCAGAAAUAUUAAUCAUAAAAUGUUCAGUACAGUAAAAUUUGUACUGAAUAUUAAUUAUGAAAUUAAAAAAAUGUUUUCUGAUCACAUAAUUGGUAAUAAAGUAGUUUGGCCUGCUGCUGCAUAUAUUGAAAUGAUUUUGGCUGUUGCAAAACAUAUAUAUAUUUGUAAUAACGAACAAAUAUCGUUUUCAAAAAGAACUUUGAAGAUAAAUCUAAAUAAUAUAUUAUUUGAGCAACCAUUAAUAUUAGAAGAAAAUAGCGAAAAUAGAUUAUUUUGCGACUUUGAUUUACAAAUGAAUAGAAUAAGAAUGUUUUCAGAUACGAUUGAUGAAAGUAAUAGUGAGUUAAUUCAUGUAUCAUCUGAUGUGGGAGAUACAAUUCGGGCAGAAAUGAUAAAUGAAGGAUUUUCAAUAAAGAAUUUAGAGAGUUCAAUAGAAAAAGAGCUGGAUAUUUCAUUGAUUUAUGACAAAUUAAAGGAUUUGGGAAUUGAAUAUGGCAGGAAAUUCAAGACAAUAAAAAAAGCUUGGAAGUUGAAAGAAGGAAAUGAAUCUUUAACAAAAAUUAAACUAAGUAACGAUGAAAAUAUCAAAAUAUCAGAUAAUUUAAAUUCCCAAGAGCCAAUUCUUUCUUUAGCAGAGUUGGGGUUUGGAAUUCAUCCAGCUCUAUUAGACGGAGCACUACAAUCCUGCUUUGUUUGUAUUUGUGACCUAAAAAACAAUUUAGAUAAAACGAUUUGGGUUCCAUUCUCAAUAUAUGAAAUUGAAUAUUAUACUAACCAAGAACCAAUAUUAGAAGCAUGGGUGCAUUGCAAAAUAAUGCCCACAAAUAACAAAAAUGAAGUCAUUUCAGAUAUAAAAAUAUACUCAGUAAAUAAUGAUCUAUUAUUUGAUAUUAAAAAUAUCAGGUAUAGAAGUACUGUUGAUAUGAAUAAAAAAACGAUUAAAAAUUCAAGACGAGAUAACUUAGAAUAUAUUGAAAAUUGCUGGGGAUUAACUUGGAAAAAUAUAAAUAACGCUUUAGAUCAAAUUGAAAAUAAAAAAUGGAUGGUAUAUUUAAAUGAUGAAAUUCAGAAAGAAAGUAAAAUAAAUAAUUUAAUUAGAUAUUAUCGUAACAAAGACAGUAUUUUAGAAGAGUUAAUUGAUUAUUCUGGUGAAGUAAAUAUUGCAUUUGUAAUAAGCUCUGAAAUCAAAAAUAAAUUAUAUAAUUACGGUAUUGAAGUUAUAACUUGGCUUGAAAAACUAUUUAGAACUAACCCUAAAAUUUCUCAUUCAUCAGUUGUUCUCUUCAUCACAGAAGGCACAAUUCCACAUAAUAACGAUAAUUACAAAUUUAUUGGUUCUGACAUUUGGGGGAUUGUGAGAUCAGCUAGAUAUGAAAUCAAUAAGUGCUCCCUUAACUUGCUUGAUUUAGACUGUAGAGCAAAAGAUAUAAACGAGGAAAAUUUGUCUAAAAUAUUCUCAUAUAUUUUAAAUUCCAAUGAGUCAGAAUAUAUAUUUAGGAAUGGAAAACUAUCAUUUCCUCGUUUAUCAAAAAUUUCAAUUCCAAUGAAUGGGCCUUUUAAUAUUAAGUUAACUGAAAGAGGUUCAUUAACCAAUUUGUUAACAGAAGUGCAGUCGAACGUUCCAUAUAUAAGUUCAGAGAAAAAGUUAGAUUUAAUCGAGUUCUUUGAUCAUUUGGACGAUUUUUCUUUGAUGAAAAAUGAGCCAACUUUGAAAGAAAAUGAGGUAUUAUUGAGAAUAUGUUCUGUAGGGUUAAAUUUCAGAGAUGUAUUGAAUGUUAUGGGUUUAUAUCCAGGAGACCCUGGACCUCCUUGUUCAGACUGUUCAGGAAUAGUAGUUUCUGUAGGAAAAGGUAUAAAACACUUAAAACCUGGGGAUGAAGUAUUUGCAAUGGUUCCUGGUUGCUUAAGAACAUUUAUAGUUGCAAUUGGUGAUACUUGUUGUUUGAAGCCAAAGAAUUGCGACUUUUCUUUGGCUUCAUCAAUUCCAACAAUUUACUCCACUGUUGACAUUUGCUUCAGAGAAGUUUACAAUAUAAAGAAAGGGGAUCGUGUAUUGAUACAUGCAGCCUCGGGGGGAGUUGGAUUAGUUGCAGUAAAUUACUGUAAUUCUGUUGGUGCCAUAGUAUUUGCAACCGUUGGAAAUAAUAAAAAAGAAAAAUAUUUAAGACACUUAGGAGUGAGAAAUAUUUCAACCAGUAGAAAUCCAGAAUUAUUCAAAAUGGAUAUGAAAAGUUUACUUGGAGGAGAAAAAUUGGAUGUUGUGAUAAAUUGUUUAUCUGGGAAAUAUAUUGAUUACAGUUUGGAGUUACUUUCAGAUAACGGUGUCUUUAUUGAACUGGGGAAAAUCAAUAUUAUGUCGAGGGAUGAUAUGUUUUUAUUAAAACCCGGAAUUAGAUAUGAAAUUAUAGCUCUUGAUGAUAUGAUAAUGAACGACCCCACAUGGUUUGGAACAGUUUUAAAUAAUAUUAAGAUAAGAAUUGAAGAAUGCAAAGAAUCUGUUAUUCCCUUAAUAGAAUUUCCAAUGGAAAACUCUAAAGAAGGUUCCGGCAAUUUAAUUGAGCAAUCUGGAUGUAUUUCUGGAUUUAGAUUUAUGCAAAAGGCAAAUCAUAUUGGUAAAGUAAUAAUCAAAAAUCAAACUCUUAACGAUUCUUCAGGUAUUCAGAGUGGAAUAGUAAUAAUAAUAGGCGGAAGUGGAUCAUUGGGAAAAUUCACAACAAAAUGGCUUUAUUUCAAUGGAUUGAAAAACAUAAUUGUAUUAUCUAGAAAUUCGAUUAAAGGGGUUUCAAAUCUACCUGGAGUUAAAUAUAUUAACUGUGAUAUUUCAAAUAUUUAUUCUACUACUUCGACUUUAAAUGCUAUAUUUAAUAAUCCAGAAAAUAGACCAAUUAUUGGCAUAAUUCACACUGCAGGUGUAUUAGAUGAUAGAAAAUUAUUUGAGCACUCAAAAGAAUCAUUUGAAUAUGUAUAUAGCCCUAAGGUUCAGGGUCUAUGGAAUAUUCAUUACACAACUCAAUAUCUCUGUAUUGGAUUGGAAUUUUUAAUUUCAUACUCUUCGAUUGCAAGCUUAUUAGGGAAUGUUGGACAAGCCAAUUAUUCUGCAGCUAACUCUUUCAUAGACUCUUUUAUGGGUUACAGAUCAAGCCUUGGAAUGAACAGUUUCAGCAUUCAAUGGGGCCCUUGGAUGGGAGAAGGAAUGGCAUCAAAUAGUUUAGGUUUAAAGUUUAAUUCUACGGGAAUAACUGGCGUGGAUAAACUUACUGCAGUAAAAGUACUAAAUACUGUUAUAAAAUCUAAGAGAAAAUCUGUUCCUAGUGUAAUUUGUGUAGUGGAUGCUGAUUGGGGGAAAUUAAUUUCAAAUAUUCCUAGUAAAGCUUCUAGUAUGUUGUCAGAUAUAACAAAUAAAGAAAUUAUUAAGGAAAAAUACAAUAAAUCAAAAAUUAUGGAGAUAUUGGAAAAGAAGACCACAAUUGAAAUGGAAGAUUAUAUAAUCAAUUUACUAAAAGAAAUUAUAAAAACGGUUGUUACAGAUGACACAAUAGAUAUUGAUGAUCCAAAAGUAUUAGAUAAACCACUCCAUGAAUUUGGGGUUGAUUCACUUUCUGCAGUUGAAUUCAGAAAUAUUUUAUCUAAGAAUACAGGAAUAUUGCUUCCAACCACAUUAAUGUUUGAUUACCCAACAAUAAUCAAUGUAAAAGACUAUAUUAUUAGUGAAUUAGAGGGUGUAAGAGUUAAAGGCGAACCAUACGAUGCCACAGUUAACAAUAUUAAAAAAAAUAAAAUUUUAGAUAUUGCUAUAAUUGGUAUUUCUUGCAAAUUUCCCGGAUCAAGUGAGGAUAUUGACUCAUUUUGGGAGGUAUUAACUAACGGUAUUAAUUGUGUUUCGAAUAUACCAGUGGUUAGGUGGGAUCAUAAAAAAUAUUAUAGUUUAAAUCCAGAGAAUUUUGGUCCAUAUUAUUAUGCAAAUUAUGGUUCAUUUAUCGACGACAUUGAUAAAUUUGAUGCGCAUUAUUUUGGAAUUUCUCCUUCAGAAGCAGCAACCAUUGAUCCUCAACAGAGACUUUCUCUUAUGCUUGGAGUAAAAUCAAUUGAAGACGCAAAAUUAAAUUUGCUUAAAUUAAGAGGAACUCGAACUGGUGUUUAUGUUGGUUGUGGAAAUAGUGAUUGGGCAUUAAUGCAAGGGAAUAAAAUAUCGGAGUCAGAAUUUAUUUCUCCUUUUACUGGAACUGGCGUCGCACUUUCUCUUAUUUCUAAUAGAAUUUCCUAUAACUUAGGCUUGAAUGGACCUUCCAUGACUGUUGAUACUGCAUGUUCAUCAUCACUUGUUGCAUUGGAUAUAGCUAUACAAAAUCUUAGGUGGGGAAAGUGCGAUAUUUCUAUUGUAAUUGGAGUGAAUUUACUACUUUCUCCACAGGCAUAUAUUGUAUUUUCAAAAUCAAAGAUGUUAUCAAUAACAGGAAGUUGUAAAGCUUUUGAUAAAGAUGCAGAUGGAUAUGUAAGAGGGGAAGGGUGCUGUUCAUUGGUACUAUGUAGAGUUGAUGAAAGAAAGAAUGGAGAUUUCGAUAAAAAAACCUUAAAUAACGAAUCUAAUAUUAAUAUUUAUGGCUUUAUUAAAGGUUCUGCAGUAAAUCAAGAUGGAAGAAGCGCUUCUUUGACUGCUCCAAAUGGUCCUGCACAACAGAAAGUAAUCAAAUCUGCUAUUGAAGAUUCAUCAUUAAAAAUAAAUGAAAUUUCAAUAAUUGAAGCACAUGGAACAGGAACGCAAUUGGGCGAUCCUAUUGAGUUCGGAGCAAUAAAAAAUGUUUUUGGUUCUAGAAAUAGGAAUCCAAUCUAUAUUACAGCAUUAAAAACAAAUAUUGGGCAUUUAGAGGGAGCUUCGGGAGUUGCAGGAGUAAUAAAAAUGAUAUUAAUGCUAAAUAAUUCUAUUAUUCCAAAAAAUCUUCAUUUUAAAACAUUAAAUCCAUUAAUCGACAGCUCUAAUUUUAACGUAACCAUUCCAAAUACAAAUUUAACAGUUUCAGCUAGUCUAGGAGGAGUUUCAUCGUUUGGAUUUGGUGGAACCAAUGCUCAUGUAAUCAUUCAAAAAAACAAAUCAGAAUAUCUUUUAGGAAAUCAAAAAUAUUUAGCAAUUGAUAAAGUUGACAAACAAGUUUCAAAAGGAAUUGUAUUUAUGUUUACUGGACAAGGGAGUCAAUUUGAAAACAUGGGGCAAGAGCUUUUUGACAAUGAACCUGUAUUUAGAAAAUCAAUGUUAUAUUGCGCGAAAUAUGCUGAUGAAUAUUUGCCAGAAUCAUUAAUUGACAUUUUGUACCCAGGUGUAUCAACACCAAAAACAAAAGCUGGAUCAAAAGAUGCCGGUUUUUGUGAUAUAAAUGAUAUCCAAUAUUCGCAGGUUGCAAUUUUUUCACUUGAGUAUUCACUAGCAAAAUUAUUAGAAAGCAGAGGAAUAAGUCCAGAUUUAGUAAUUGGCCAUUCCUUAGGUGAAUAUUCUGCUGCAGUUAUUGUAGGCGCAAUUGAAUUAGACCAGGCAUUAAAAAUGAUAAUACAUAGAUCAAAACUAUUAGUGAAUUCGAAUAUUAGUGAUGGAGGAAUGCUCGCCUUGAGAAGAUCUGCAAGCAGUAUUAUGGAAGUUCUUAAAGAAUUUGAUAAGAAUACUGUAUCAUUAGCUGCAAUUAAUGGACCGAAUAGUGUUGUAAUUUCUGGAAGAAAGUUCGUAUUACAGUCAAUAUUACAAAAAAUAGGUGGUAGUGGAAAGUUUCUAAAUAUUGAGAAUGCAUUCCACUCGUCAUUAAUGCAAAAUAUAGCGAAUAAUUACAAAGAUUUCAUUGAAGAAAAGAUCGUUUUUAGGAAUAAAAAUAGAACAGAAAUCAAGUUUGUUUCAACAUUAAAAGGCAAAAUAAUAAGUCAUUCUGAAUUGAUGAAUUCUAAUUAUUGGUCUGACCAUAUAGUUCAUCCUGUUUUGUUUUACGACGCAAUAAACCAUGCAUUAAAGGAAUUGGAUUGUAACAUAAUACUGGAAAUUGGACCUCAACCAAUACUAACAAAACUAUCUAUACAAUGCAUCCCAAAAGAGCUCAGAACAAAAAUUAAGAUUUUUUGCACAAUGCUUGGAAAGCCUUCUACAGAGCUUGAACAUUUGAAUUUAGUUUCUGAUCAAAUUAAUCAUACUAUUAACCCAUUUUUAAAUAACACUGUUGCGAAUUCAAAAAUAAAUAAAAAUUAUAUUUUCAGUAAAUUGAGACGUUUUCCAUGGAUAAAUAUUAAUCUAAAUCCCUUAAUUAAAUUUGAAACCAAUAGAAAAAUUGUUUUUCAAAAUUCAAUUGAAAUUUUUGAUAAUUCAGAGGGGCUAUUGGUUGAAUUCGUUAAUGGUGGAGUUAGAGAAAUUUUCAAGGAUGAAAUAUUCAACUUAAUGAAAACGGGUAGAUACAAUCAUUGUGAAAUCAUUAUAGAAAAUCUGAAUUUUUAUAAAGUACAGGAUUAUCAAUUUUGUUGGCUUGAAGUUGAGAAAAAAGAUAUCAAUGGUUUUAAAAUAAAUAUUUCACUACAAGAUGAUUUGAUUUAUACGUCAAAUGCAAAAAUAUCAUUUAGGGAAAAUGAAAGCAUAGAGUUUCAAGAUAUUAACUUUGAAAAUUCAUUUAAUUCUAUCGAAAAAUUGUUUUCUUUUGAUAUAAAAGAAAAUAAAUUAUUCCAGAAAAUCAUGAGUUACAUGGAGGAAUUAGCCAUUAAAUUAAAAUCCGAAAUAUCUUAUAUAGAAAAUACCCAAAGAAACUCUGUGUGUUUAAUUCUCAGUACGGAUGACUAUUACAAAUCUUUGUCAAAGUCAUUUACUGGUUAUAGCAUUCAUCCAUUACUAAUGCAAUUAUUAUUUGAAUUUAUAAAACUUUAUAAUAUUGAGAAAAUAAUGAAUUUGAACAUUGAUAUUAAUUUUUAUGAAACAGUGAUUGGUGAGCUAUUUAAUUCUUCUAUUUCUCAGAAAUAUUUAAUUCUUGAGAUUAACAAUGAUUCAGCAAUAAUUAAAGAUAAAUUAGGUAAACUAUUUUUCACAACUAAAUAUACAAUAAAUGACUUGAAUUCAAAGGACAAUGGUAGUAUUGAAUAUGAAAUGGAGCAAUUUUCAAUCUUCAACAAUAUAAAUAAUUUGAUUUGGAAUACAGAAAUUCAAAAAUUAUUCGAGAUUGAAAUGGUUUCAAGCGAAGUUGAAGUAAAUUACAAUAAAGAUGGGGGAACAUUGUUUGUUGGAUCUAUAAGUUUAGAAAAUAAUUUGGAAAGUGAACAAGGCCUUUAUUCCAUGAUUAAAUCAGAAUAUGAACUAAUUAAAAAUAUCAAGCUUAAAAGUUGGGAAAAAAUUAUUUUUAUAAUUGAAAAUUUCAAUUUAAGUGAAAUUGAAUUAAUGAAUUAUGCAGUAAUUUUAUGCAAAGAAUGUGCCUCUGAUACUAAAGUAUGGUUUGUUAAAAUUAACAAAUUUAAUGAUGCUUCUUUAGAGUCAUAUAAUAAAGGAGGAGGCAUAUUAGGCCUUUGUAAAACUGCAAGAAUCGAGUUGAGAAAAAUGAUUAAUUACAUGGUAAUUGAGAAAUUUGAGGACUUUUGUAUAAAUAAUUUAUUUAUUUUCAAUUUGGUCAAUAUCUUAUCGAAAAAUAAAUCUCUUCCCGAAGAUAUUUUUAUAAAUAUCUUUAGAGAAAAGAUUCAGGUUUGUUCAAAGAUCAUAAAACCCCAAUAUUCAAUUCAAAUGAAAAAUGAAUUUUUAAAUAAAGAUAAUCAAUUAAGCAAUGAUUUAGUAUUGAUUAGUGGAGGUACUGGCGCACUUGGAUUAAUCAUUACGGAAUGGUUAAUAAAAUGCAGAAAUAUAAGUAACAUUAUAUUGCUUUCUAGGUCAGGGUUACCUUCCAAACAAUGCGAAUCAAUAUGGAAGAGGAUAUCAAUGCUCAAUUCUAGUAUAAAAGUCAUGAAAUGUGAUGUUACUGAUUAUGAUUCAGUUUUGUCAAUAUUAAAAGAUAUUAUCUCUCAAACGAUAAGAUCAAACUCUAAAAUUGUUGGAUUAAUUCAUGCAUCUGGAGUUUUGAGUGAUUCACUAAUAAAAAACCAUUCAAUACAGAAUUUGGAGAAUGUUUUUGGACCCAAAGUUUUUGGAGCAAUCAAUUUACAUAAUGCAAUAAAAAACAUGCUUCCAUAUAAGUUAAAAUUCUUUAUUGGGUUUUCCUCAAUUUCUUCAUUAUUUGGAAGCUUUGGACAAUAUAGCUAUUCUUCAGCAAAUUCAUAUCUAGAUUCGCUGAUUAAUUUUAGAAGAAAAUUUGAAGAAUCUAGUAUUCUUGAUCUUAGUAUACAAUGGGGGCCAUGGGGAGAGCAGGGAAUGGCAGCGGAACUAUCACAACAUCAUUCAUUAUCAGGUAUCAAACCAAUAUAUAACUCAGAAGGACUAAAAUGUUUAUCGGCAAUUUUUGAUAUAAUUGAAGAUGGAAAUAGAGACCAUAUUUUACCCUCUGAAAUCGCAAUAGCAAAUAUUAACUGGAAUGAAUUUUUGACUAUUUUUGAAAACAAGGUACCAUUUAUUUUCAGUGAAAUUAAUAGUAAAUUAUUAAAGAGUCCGGCAAAACUCGAAAGUGAUUCAAAAAUUAUUAAAGAUAAAUUUGAAGGAAUUAUUGAUAUUCGGAAGCAUAUAGAAGAUGUUCUAUUAAUUGUUGCAUAUGAAAUAUUUGGUGUGGAGGAAAAAAAUUAUGAUCUAGCAGAAAUCGAUUCCUUAAUGGCAGUUGAAUUUAGAAAUUCGGUUUUUAAGAAUCUUGGGAUAAAGUUACCAAUAUCUUUAAUGCUUGACAACCCGACUCUAGAUGAAGUCGUUUUAUAUCUAGAAGGAGAAGUCAGAAGGGAAUUAUUUGGAUAUAAUACUGAAGAAAUUAUUUCUUCGAAAUCGAGAAGAUGGCAAGAAAUAAAUGAGGAUAUUAAUUUAGAUGAGGCAAUUACUGUAAAUUCAAAUUCUUCUGAUAUUAUUCGUGGUGUUAGAUUACCAUCUGGUGAAAAGAACAAAUUGUCUGGAGUAUUUUUGACUGGAGGAACAGGAUUUAUGGGUACUUGUAUGAUUGAAAACCUCGUAAAUUUGAAUAGAGAAAUUAAGAUAUGGUGUUUGGUGAGGUGCUCUGACAAAAAUAAUGGUAAAGAAAAGUUAUUGGAUGCGCUUUAUAAAUAUUCAAUUCAAGAUGCAGAAUUAAUUAUAGAAAAAAAUAUAGAAAUUGUUGUGGGAGACACUUCAAUCCCAUCAUUUGGGAUAAUUAAAACUGAAUAUAAAGAGAUAGUAAACUCGGUCGACUCAAUUAUUCACAUUGGUGCUGUCGUAAACUUUACAUCAUCUUAUUCAAAUAUCAAAAACGUUAAUGUACUCAGUAUUGUAGAAUUGUUGAAACUUUCUUUUGCACCCGAAUAUUGUGGCAAAAAUUGUACUAAAAAAGGAAAAUGUAAUUCUUGCAUUAUUCCAAUUCAUCAUAUAUCUACUUUAGGAGUUUUUUAUGAUCAUAUUGAGAACCCUCCAGUAGGACCAUAUUUAUCUGGUUUAGAAAAUACUGAAUUUAUGAAGAGGAAUUACUUUUCGAAUGAUGGAAGAAGAAUAUUUUACGAGGAUGACCCGGUAAUUACAAACGAUAAUGAAGGAAUUCAUCACAAAUCAUUGUUAUUGGGAUAUUCACAAUCUAAAUGGGCAGCAGAAAGAAUUCUUAGAUCAGCACGUAAAAGAGGCUUCCCUAUAGCAAUAUAUAGACCUGGGAGAAUAGGAGGAAAUAGUAUAACUGGGGCAUCCAAUAUUUCGGAUCUACCAAAUGCAUUUGUAAAAGGUUGUAUUAAAAUGGGGACUUUACCUAUAACAGAGAUGGCACUUCAUUUAGUUUCUGUUGAUUUCUGUUGCCAAGUUUGUUGUUUUGGAAUAAAUAAUCCAAAUUUAUCAAUUAACAAUGAUUUUAAUCUUGACUCUGAAGGAUGGGCAAAUAUGAAUGAUAUAAAAAAAGCAUUGGAUUUAUUGGGUAUAAAUUUAAGAAUGGUAGAAUUUGAAGAUUGGGUUGAACAACUGUUGGAUGAAACAUCAAAAGAUAAAAAUCACCCACUUACUCCAUUACAACACAUGUUUGUUAAAGAAAGACCUGCAGAUUCUAUUAUGCCUUAUUUUGAUAUGAAAAACACAAAUAAUUUAAUUUCCAAUUCCGGGAAAAUUAAUCAUACAUCUUGUGAUUCAAAUUAUCUACAUACUUGUUUCAAGUACCUACUUGAGAAAGAUUGGAUUUAUUCAAUUGAUUUUAUUAAUAAGAAAGUAAAAGAAACUAAAAUUUCAACAAAAGAAUAUAUUUUUGAAUUUACAAAUAACGAUUUGACGAUCAAUAAUAUAGAACUCACUAACUUCAUGAUAUUUAUAUGCGACAAAUUAUUUAUAUUGAAUAUCCAAGAAUUUUGUAAUAUGAUACAGUCUAAAUACAAUUGCAAGUGCAUUCUCGUUACUCUCCCAGAUUCUAAAGUCGAAAAUGUUUUAAGCUCACUAACCCACAUAACUCUUGAGACAAUAAAAGAAAAUAUUUCUGUUCUAAAUCACACAGCAACUUCAAAAGUAAUAAUAGGAAGUUGGUCAAUAUCAAGCAGUCUUGCAUUGCAAAUAUUCAAACGACUAAAGAAUGAAAAAAGUUUGGAGUAUGAUUUAAAACUCUUGUUGAUUGAUCCAUUAGUUCCAAUUAAGAUAAGUGAUAGCAAUAACUUGAAAAUUGAUGAAAUUUCGUUCCAAAUUUUGAAGAAGUUUGUGAGCUGUUCAAGUUUAUUAUCUAACUCGAUCACAGAAACAAUGAUCGAUAUACUGAAUAACUCUGAUUCAAUUUUAAGUGCAUACAACAAAAUAAAUAGCUACACAAAAAAUGAAUCAGUUUUUGAGUUCGAAGAGUUGAAAAACUUGAUCGAUAGAUUAAGGGCUACGUUCUUAAUGAGCAUAAAAAUCUCUACAUUUGAAUUCGAAGUUGAUGAAAAGGUAUAUUUUAUUUUGUCACGUUCUUCAAUUAUAGGCGAUGUAUUUGAAAAGAAUGGGUCAUACGCAAUUGUAAAUGCUCAAAAUAUUUAUAAAAUAAACGAUAUAGAGCUGUUGUAUUUAUCUAACACGAACCAUUUUGAAAUUUUUAAUAGUUUAAAUGUUGAAAGCCUAGUUAAUGGACUUUCAAAAAUUUUUAAUUAG